UUCAUUCCACAGAUGUGCUUUAACAAAGUGUGAAGCUGAACUCUGAGCUGUGACAGUGUGAGCAGUGUGAGAGUGUCAGUAGAUGAUCAGCAGAGGAAAGUGAAGCUGCUGUGAGCUGAUGUCCUGAAGGGCUUUGAAAGAGUCUCUGAGUUUGACAGGAACAUGAAGAUGUUUGUGGUGUUUGUGAUCCUCCUGCACGUUUCCCAGUAUACCACAUUGGCUGUUGUGGUAGAAGUUUAUGAGGGAGAAAGAUCUGUCCUCCUGCCCUGCCUGUACUCAGGUUUCAUACCUGAGGACUCCACAGUUAUCUGGACUCUCAAUGAUCUUGUUCCCAAACCUGUCCACCUACGAGGAAAAGGAGGAGAUGAUCUUAAUGGGCAGAUCCAGCAGUACAAAGGGCGCACAUCAAUGAGUCCCUAUGCUCUCAUCACAAAAGAUUUCAGCCUUACUCUGAGAAGGCCAACAAAGACUGACUCCGGCAACUACACCUGCUCCAUCAGUGCUGGAGAAAGUGAACGGAGACUGAGAAGCAUCCAACUGCAUAUCAAAGACCAGCAGGUGGAGGUGAAGGUGGAGGUAGGCUCACAGUCUGUCAUCCUGCCCUGCAAAACAAAACCUAACAUACCCGAGGCCACCAGAGUGGAGUGGACUCGCUCUGACCUCGGACUCAUGGUGGUCCAUGAGUAUUCAAACCAAAGUGGCCAACUUAUGACUCAGGAUGAAGUUUACAGAGACCGAACGAAGAUGAAUGAAGACCCACUGAGAACUGGAGACCUCAGUCUGACCCUGAAAUACCCCACAGAGAGAGACACAGGACGAUACAUCUGCACCAUCUACAGGGACAAAGACAUCCUCAGAUGGAAAGUAGUGCUGCAGGUCAAAGGUCAGUGCUUAGAGGUGGUUUCAGGGGUGGAGACUGUCCUGUUACCCUGCAAAACCAGGACUAACCUGCCCGAAGAUGCUAGAGUGGAGUGGAUGGACAGUGACUAUGAGAAGGUCCAUGUUUAUCAGAAUGGCUUUGACCAGCUGGAAGAACAAGACCAAGAUUAUAAAGAUCGAACACAGAUGAAUGAAAAACUGCUGAGAACUGGAGACCUUAGUCUGACCCUGAAAUACCCCACAGACUGGGACACUGACAUCUACACCUGCACCGUCUACAGCAGGGAGGGAAACAUCCUGAAAAAGAAACAAGUCAAGCUGAAAGUCAGAGGUAUUAAGGUGAACAGGGUUUUAGACAGUGAGUCUGUCCAACUGCCCUUCACAACCACAGGAAAUCUGCCUGAAGAUGUAAAAGCAGAGUGGAUAGACAGAGAGAACAGGAAGGUCCAUGUGUAUAAGAACGAUUCUGACCGGCUUGAAGAACAGGACAAGGUUUACAGAGACCGAACAAAGGUGAAUAAAGACCUGCUGAAAACUGGAGACCUCAGUCUGACCCUGAAAUACCCCACAGACUGGGACACAAAGACAUACACCUGCACCGUCUACAAGGAGGGAAACAUCCUGAUGAAGAAACAAGUGGAGCUGAAAGUCCAAGUCCCCAAAGUGGAGGUGGAUUCAGGCAUUGAGUCUGUUCAACUGCCCGUUGAAAUCAAAGCUCACCUGCCCAAAGACGUUAAAGUGGAGUGGAAAGACGGUUCAUACAGAAAGAUCCACAUAUAUCAGAACGGCUCUGAUCAGUUUGAAGAACAGGACAAGGUUUACAGAGACCGAACAGAGAUUAAUGAAGACCUGCUGAAAACUGGAGACCUCAGUCUGACCUUGAAAUACCCCACAGACUGGGACACAAACACCUACACCUGCAUCCUCUUCAGCAGGGAGGGAAAGAUUCUGCUGAACAGAAAGGUGGAGCUGAAGGUCAGAGGUCAGUGCAGCCUCGUGAACGAGGGGGCGGGAUCUGUCCAGCUGCCCUUCAAAACAACAGAAAACCUGCCUGAAGAUGCCAAGGUGCAGUGGAAGAUCAGUGGUGAAAGAAUGGUCCAUGUGUAUCAGAACAGCUCUGAUCUGCCUGAAGAACAGCACCAGUGUUACAGAGGCCGAACAGCAAUUAAGCAAAAGCUGCUGAAAACUGGAGACCUCAGUCUGACCCUGAAACAGCCCACAGAGAGAGACAGUGGAGAGUACAGAUGUGUAGUCAAAACAGAGAAGAUCAAGAGAUACAAAACAGUAUUGCUCACAGUCAAAGGGAGAGUUCAGGUCCAGGAUCAAACAGGGGACAUCAGGAACAGAAGCAGCUCCAUUGAUCCGACUCCUCUGAUGGCUGAUCAAUCACAGCAUGCUCUGGCUGUGGUGGUGGAGGUGAAUGAGGGUGAAAGGUCUGUCCUGCUGUCAUGUCUGUACUCAGGUUCUAUACCUGAGGACAACACCACAGUGAUGUGGACUUGCAGUGACCUCGAUCCCAAAUCAGUACACCUACGUCGAGCAGGAAGAGACGAUCUUAGAGGACAAAACCAGCGUUACAGAGGGCGCACAUCAAUGAAUCGUUACGCCUUAAUCACAAAAGACUUCAGCCUCACUCUGAGGAAACCACAACUGACUGACAGCGGCGACUACACCUGCUCCAUCAGCAAUGGAAGACAAGAACGGAGUAUCAGAACCAUCAAGCUGCAGGUCAAAGACGAGCAGGUGGAGGUGGAGGUGAGGGAAGGGUCACAUUCUGUCAUCCUGCCCUGCAACACAAAACCUGACCUGCCUGAGGACACCACAGUGGAGUGGACUCGCUCUGACUUUGGACUCAUCACAGUCCAUGAGUAUUCUAACAGAAAUGAUGAACUCAUGACUCAGGACGAAGUUUAUAGAGACCGAACGAAGAUGAAUGAAGACCUGCUGAGAACUGGAGACCUCAGUCUGACCCUGAAACACCCCACAGAGAGAGACACAGGAGGCUACAUCUGCACCAUCUACAGGGACAAAGACAUCCUGACAAAGAAAGUAGUACUCCAGGUCAAAGAUUACGAGGUGGUGGUGGAUUCAGGGGUGGAGUCUGUCCAGCUGCCCUGCAAAGCUAUAGUCAGAUUCCUCAAAGACACUAGAGUGGAGUGGAAGGACAGAGAUGACAGGAAGGUCCACGUGUACGAGAACGGACGUGACCAGCGUGGAGAACAGCACCGGUUUUACAGAGGACGAACAGAGAUGAACAGAAACCCGCUGAAAUUUAGAGACCUCAGUCUGACCCUGAAACAUCCCACAGAUGACGACAGCUCCACCUACACCUGCACCAUCAGCAGGAAGGGAAAAUUCCUGAAGGAGAAACAAGUGGAGCUCUAUGUCAGAGUCCCCCAGAAGGAGGUGGAUUCAGGGGCGGAGUCUAUUCUGCUGCCCUGCAAAACUACCAUAAACCUGCCUGAAGUUGCUAAAGUAGAGUGGAAGACCAGAUUCAACAGGAAGGUCCACGUGUAUGAGAACAGACCUGACCAGCUUCAAGAUCAGGACCACCGUUACAGAGACCGAACACAGAUGCCUGAAGACCCGCUGAGAACUGGAGACUUCAGUCUGACCCUGAAAUACCCCACAGACUGGGACACAGACACCUACACCUGCACCGCCUACAGCAGGGAGGGAAACAUCCUGAUGAUGAAACAAGUCGAGCUGAAAGUCAAAGUUUACACGGUGGAGGUGGAUUCAGGGGUGGAGUCUGUCCAGCUGCCCUGCAAAGCUAUUGUCAGAUUCCUCAAAGACACUAAAGUGGAGUGGAAGGUCAGAGAUGACAGGAAGGUCCAUGUGUACAAGAACGGACGUGACCAGCGUGGAGAACAGCACCGGUUUUACAGAGGACGAACAGAGAUGAACAGAAACCCGCUGAAAUUUAGAGACCUCAGUCUGACCCUGAAACAUCCCACAGAUGACGACAGCUCCACUUACACCUGCACCGUCUACAGCAGGGAAGGAAACAUGCUGAAGAAGAAACGAGUGGAGCUCCAUGUCAGAGUCCCCCAGGUGGAGGUGGAUUCAGGGGAGGCAUCUGUCCUGCUGCCCUGCAAAACUACCAUAAACCUGCCUAAAGUUGCUAAAGUAGAGUGGAAGACCAGAUUCAACAGGAAGGUCCACGUGUAUGAGAACAGAUCUGACCAGCUUCAAGAUCAGGACCACCGUUACAGAGACCGAACACAGAUAAAUGAAGACCUGCUGAGAACUGGAGACUUCUGUCUGACCCUGAAAUACCCCACAGACUGGGACACAGACACGUACACCUGCACCGCCUACAGCAGGGAGGGAAACAUCCUGAUGAUGAAACAAGUUGAGCUGAAAGUCAAAGUCUGCCAUAUGGAGUUAGAGGAGGAGGUGGAGUCUGUCAAACUGCUCUUCAAAACCUCAGAAAACCUGCCUGAAGAAGCUGAAGUGGUGUGGAGGGACAGCAAUGACAGGAAGGUCCACGUGUAUAAGAACGGCUCUGAUCAGCCUGGAGAACAGCACCAGUAUUAUAGAGACCGAACGAAGAUGAAUGAAGACCCGCUGAGAACCGGAGACCUCAGUCUGACCCUGAAACACCCCACAGAUGGAGACAAAGGAGGAUACAGCUGUAGAGUCUACGGGGAGAUCCAGAGAUACAAAAGAGUGCUGCUCAGAGUCAAAGUCUGUCAGGUGGGUGAGGGGGCGGAGUCUGUCCAGCUGCCAUUUAAAACAACAGAAAACUUACCUGAAGAUACCAAGGUGCAGUGGAAGGUCAGUGGUGAUAGGAAGGUCCAUGUGUAUGAGAAGGGCUCUGACCAGCCUCACAAACAGCACCAGGAUUACAGAGACCGGACAAGAGUGAAUGAAGACCUGCUGAAGACUGGAGACCUGAGUCUGACCCUGAAACAGCUGACAGAGAGAGACAGUGGAGAAUACAGAUGUGAAGUGAACAGAAUAAAAAUGCCCUCUUUGAUCUACUGUGGUUCUUCUUCUGUGGUGUUUCUGAUGGAGCAGCUCCUCCUGAUGUUUGACGAUGAGACCAGGGUUCCUACAGCUUCAGGUCAGAGAGACUGA